CGCAGUAUCGAUCAUUGCCCCCGCCAGCCCGCGCGCCGCCCAUACCUCCCAGCGCCGCCAUUUUGAGUCGAGCUGUUGGCACUGUGCUGCCCGCGUUGAUUAUCUCACACCAUGGCCAUGGACACCCAGGCUCAGGCCAAGAACCUCGACAACGUGAAGAAAGAGCCCCAGACGCCCAAGACGAAUGAGAAUGGGGAAAAUACGUCGAAUUUCCGUGGCGGCGGACGAGGAGGGCGAGGAUUCCGUGGGAACCGGGGCGGCGGCGGCGGCCAGGGAGGACGAGGUGGAGCAAACAAUAACCAGGGAAAUGUUCAGACUUCUACACAAGUUCCCGGUGGUAUUGGAAGUUUAGGGAGUGGUGGGAGUGGCGAUACUGGUAGCCACGGGGCUGGUGGCCACGGUGGUGGUGGUGGUGGCCACGGUGGUGGUGGCGGCCACGGUGGUCAUGGCGGCGGCCAUGGUGGUGGUGGCGGCGGCCGUGGUGGUCGUGGUGGCGGCGGUGGUAGCAAUAGCCAUCACCACAGUAACAGUGACUCUAGGAGCGAGCAGCGUGGGGGCGGCGGCUACUACAGGGGCGGACGGGGUCGUGGCGGCGGCCGCGGCGGCGGUGGUGGCGGCGGCGGCGGCGGGGACAGAGGCGGCGACAGGUCUAACUAUGGAGACAGAGAUGGCAGCUCUCAGAGGAAUCAGCAUCAAGACAGAAUUAUGGAACGUCUAAAACAGCUGGCUGGGCCUUUGCUUGAUCUACCACCAAGGGAAGAAACAGUGCGGAAAUUUUCUAACCAUUGCAGACUCUGGGUUGGUAAUCUUCCAUUAGACAUAAAAGAGGAUGACGUAAAGGAACUUUUUAAGCCCUUUGGAGAGUUCGAUGAAGUAUAUUUUGACAAAAACAAAGGAUUUGCCUUUGUUCGCAUGGAUUACAAGAGCAAUGCAGAAAAAGCUCGCCAAGAACUACACUUGAAGGAUUACAAAGGAAGACAGCUAAAAAUUCGCUUCUCAUCGCCUGGUACUGCAUUAAAGAUCCGUAAUCUUUCUACAUGGGUCACAAACGAGCUUUUGGAGAAAGCAUUUUCAGUAUUUGGAGAACUAGAAAAAGCAAUAGUUAUUACUGAUGAGCGAGGCCGUGCAACUGGUGAAGGAAUAGUUGAAUUCUGCAAGAAACCCUCUGCAAAUUUGGCACUAAAAAAAUGCAAUGAAGGCUGUUUCUUCAUGGUUUCAUCUCCCCGUCCUGUCAUUGUGGAACAAAUGGCUUUAGUUGAUGAUAACGAAGGCAUGAGCGAGAUAAAUGUAAACAAGCGUAAUCCCGAGUAUGUGAAGGAACGUCAACAAGGGCCACGUUUUGCACAUCCUGGAUCAUUUGAAUUUGAGUAUGGCUUGAAGUGGAAGCAGCUCUAUGAACUUUUUGAUAAGAAGAAAGAUGCUUUAGAUAAAGAAUUGCAAGAUGAGAAGAGGAAGUUGGAAGAACAGAUAGAAUAUGCCAAAUAUGAACAUGAAACAGAGAUGCUUAGAGAACAACUACGCCAGAGGGAAGAGAUGAAUCAGCGGACGAAAUCUGAUUAUGAACAGCGUCAGCGUGAAUGGGAAGAACAUCGCCGUGUAGAAGAGGAAAGACAGAGACGUCAAGAGGAGGAAUUAUCACUGAAAUUUCGUCAACAAGAGGAGGAGCUUCGGAGACGCCAAGAAGAAAACAGACAAUUUAUGCAGGAACGUGCUGGCGACAUGUUGAAGAAUGAAAAUAGCCAAGACAGUUUUGGAAGCAGUGGCUAUCAGGGUACUGAUGGUAGCAAUUGGCGCCGCAACAGUGACACAUACAGAUCCCAGGGAGGCAGCAGUUGGCGUGGAGGUGGUAGUGAAUCGUGGGGUCGCUCUGGAAUGGCAGGUAGUCGCGGAGGCACUAGCUCGUCUGGUCUGGCUGGUAGCUGGGCGGACAGUAGCUGGGAUGGUCGUCCAGAUCCCUGGCAGAGUGAUAGCCGUAGCGCAUACCAACGAGGCAGUAGUGAGAGUGAACUCCCGCCACCACCGAAAUUGAAGGAAACGGUCCCUGGGACGGACGAACAGAAAACUACCCGGAACUCCAAAGUGACCACCAACCAUGCUAGUUCCUCCAUACGCAACCCAGGGAGAGGGGAAGAGAAAGAGGCAGAGGACACCAGCAAGGAGGACCCCAACACGUUCCUGGAAAACUUCAACCGCGGGCGUAACUUUGAGCAGGAAGGAAUUGACUACGCUGGCCAAAGAGGCCGCGAUGUUGGCCGCAGCCGCUGGGGACGCAAUGACCAUGAUGACUACGGCCCAGCCAAGAGGGCUCGCUACUAGAUGUGGAUGAUAGGGCUGGUUCUUUGAGCUCGUGUUGACUAUUGGCCCUCGCUGCAGUGGAUUGCCAUAAGCCUUUCAGUUCAUACGUGAUUCCCUGUAUAAUUGAUUGGUUUGGCUUUAUGGGGAUGGGGCAGUAAAGAAUCCCGAUGUUGCAGUUAUUGAACAUGCACCAAAUAUAUUAAGUGUUCUUUUAAGAAAAUAUUUGGAUACCCUCCAUUGUUUUAUUGCGAGUCGUGCAAAAGCUCUAGCUUUGCUCUAGCAGUGUGACUAGGUGAAGUCACUGCAUUCUUGUAUCUGAUGACUAGUUUUGAUUACCUGUUAAAUUAAAGUUUUUCAGGAUAGUAUCACUAGAAACCCUAGGGAGUAGAUUUUCAUUAGUGUGACAAAUAUUCCAUAUUGGGGUGCAUUAUAUCAACCCAGUAGUAUACUGUAGUAAGUAAGUCAGUCAUUAUGUGCAAGUGUUUUAUGUCACAUGGUACUAAAUAUUUUGGUAAAUCUAAAGUUUUAUUUUAUACACUAGUAAUAAUUUUUUUGUCAUUGUACAAAGAUUGAGUUAAUCUCUUCAUAACAUGUAUGAAUAUUUUAUUUGUCUUAUCUUAAUAAUAAAUGUAACCUUGUAA